AUGGCCGGCUCCGGUGAUCGUCAGCAGUGGCGCCGCAGCGGGGGCGAGCUCGAGGAGGGCGAGGUCGUCUCCGGGUACUACACGGGCUCCGACACCGACACCGACACCGACGACGAGGCCGCGCGCUACUACCUAAAGCCAGUGCGCCGCUACGACGACCACCGGGAGAUGAUGGUCACGGUCGCGCGGCCAGGCCCCGGCCCUGUCCUUGACGACGUGGUCGUUGGCACUGGCAGCGCCGGGUCAAGGUCAAGAUCAAGAUCGACUACCCGGGCGUCGUCGCCCACUACCUCGCUCGGCUCCGACGGGACCAUCAGCAAUGCUGCCGCAGUCACCGCGUUAUUCCCGGCCUGUCCCGUCUGCCACAGGCAGUUCCACAGCUCCAAGGCCGUGCACGGCCACAUGAGGGUCCACGCGCAGGCCCAGCCCAAGGAGGAGGAGAAGGUGUAUGCUACGGUCAGCGCCGUGGACGAGGUGGCCGACUCCGUGUCCGUGUCCACGGCCACUGUCGUCGGGGAACCCAAGAUCUCGGAUGACCCGAUGACGGUGGAGCAGGGGAGCAGCGAUCAGGUCGUCCGCAGCAGCAGCAGAAGCAGCAACAGCGCCAGCGUCCAGAAGCCUUGUCAGAGUACUUCUGAUCGGUCCAUGGCCAUCGUGGUGGCAGGGGCAGCACCGCCCACCGCUUUAUCGGAGGAAGUUGACCUCGCCCCGACGCCUCCUGCACCGCAGCAAGACCCCGACUCACCGCCGGUCGCACGAGCACCAGAGCCAGCCGCCGCCUACCUCCACCGGGCCGCCCCGGCACAGCAGCAUGCACUCGUCCCCCCACCACCGGCCGCGGCACCGCUGCAUGCCUUCCACGGGCCGCUGCACAUCAUCGCGCACCGGGACACGGCCGCCCCGCGUGGGUUCUCGUGCAAGGAGUGCAACCGGUGGUUCCCGACGCACCAGGGGCUGGGCGGCCACGCCGCCGGCCACAAGAACCGUCGCAUCGCGGCAGAGGCCGCUGCAGCCAUAGCCGCGGGGCUCGACCCGAUUGACCACGCCGCGGGCGGCCCCAGGCCGGAGAAGCUCCACACCUGCAAGGUCUGCGGCGAAGUUUACAACAGCGGCGUCCGGCUAGGGGGGCACAUGAGGAAGCACUACACAGGAAAGCCCAUCGUGCCGAGGAAGCGGGCGCGCCUCCUCCUUCCCCAGGACGUCCUCGGGCUCGCGAUCCCCGGGCCGGCGCCACAGGCGCCACCGGCCGAGGUGGCGGCUGCGCCGCUGCAGGCGCCGGCGGUGCCGGCAGGCUGCGUGAGGCUCUUCGGCGUCACCAUCGUGCCGGAGGCGAAGAAAGAGGAGGAGGAGCCCUGCGUCGACGACAAGCAGUGA